CAACUCGCAAUGGAUUGUUUCGUGGUGCUCGAGCGCCUCCGCGGCGACACGACUGUUCACAGUGGAGAUAAACCAUACGCCUGCGGACACUGUGGCAUGAAUUUCAGAAACAAGUAUAUUUUAAGAAAACACAUACAACAAGCGCACUUGGCGACCGAGCCAAACAAAUUUGCUUGUGAUUUUUGUAGUUCUACGUUUCAAACCGAAUUGCUUGUAAAAGAACACGAGAAAAGCGAACAUGGUGUUACAAAUUUCAUGUGUGCUGAAUUGUGUUCGGACGGCAGCGCCGCCCGCGCCGGGGAACAACUCGCAAUGGAUUGUUUCGUGGUGCUCGAGCGCCUCCGCGGCGACACGACUGUUCACAGUGGAAACAAACCAUACGCCUGCGAAUACUGUGGCAUGAAUUUCAGACACAAGUAUAUUUUAAGAAAACACGUACAACAAGCGCACUUGGCGAACGAGCCAAACAAAUUUGCUUGUAAUUUUUGUAGUAUUACGUUUCAAACUGAAUUACUUGUAAAAGAACACGAGAAAAACGAACACGGUGUUACAAAUUUCAUGUCUGCUGAAUGUGAGUAUACAACAAGUUCCAAGACAAGUUUACAGACUCAUUUAAAGAGUCACUUUGUGGACAACGUUUUUAAUUGUAAUCACUGUAAUUAUACCAGUUUGUUUAAAAGUGAUUUACACAAACACCAAGCGAUACACACUCGAGACAUGCCUUUUAGGUGUACCAAAUGUGAUUUCAAAUGUAGUUUUGAAUCAAACCUUCGACGUCACCAGAACACCCAUAACCCAAGACAUCAGAAGAUACAAACUGGAGAGAAGCCUUUUCUUCAAUGUGGUUACUGUGGUUACAAAUGCCGUCGGAAAUCAAGGUUACAACAUCACCAAAGAAUACACACGGGCGAGAAGCCAUACUAAUGUAGUCUUUGCGACUACAAGUGCAGUAACGGGUCAAACUUACAACGUCACAUAAGAAUACACACCGGAGAAAAGCCGUACACAUGCAGGCAUUGCGACUUCAAGUGCAGUUCAAGUACAAACUU